CUCCCCCCUUCUCACUUCCCUCUCCCCCUUGGUUGGGUUUUGCCAACAUAUCAAGAUGCGUUUCGCCGGCUUCCAUCACUAACCUCCCGGAGGUCAUCAAGCCAAAUUUAUGAGUGGCCGCUGGAGUCACGUGACUCUAUUUAAGGCUCCCUUAUUUGGGAAGAGCGCAUAGGAUAAAGAAAGAGAUAUCUCCACCUAUAAAUUGUGCACUUUGGAGAACAAAAAACCCCUCAACUUCAAAGAGUCACAAAUCACCCUUAAUCAAAAAGGGUGCAGAAAUUUUUUUUUGGGCCCUCCCCGCCAUGAGCUCCUACGUAGCCAAUUCAUUCUAUAAGCAGAGCCCCAAUAUCCCUGCCUAUAACAUGCAAACUUGUGGGAACUAUGGAUCGGCCUCAGAGGUGCAGGCACCCAGGUACUGCUACGGCGGAAUGGACUUAAGCAUCAGUUUCCCACCGCCUGCGCCUUCCAACUCUCUCCACGGGGUAGACAUGGCUGCCAACUCCCGGGCUCACCCCGACCGCCCCGCCUGCAGCGCCGCGGCCGCUCCGGGACACGCGCUGGGCAGAGACGAAGCGGCUCCUCUGAACCCCGGGAUGUACAGUCAGAAGGCGGCUCGCCCGGCGCUGGAGGAGCGAGCUAAGAGCAGUGGGGAGAUCAAAGAGGAGCAGGCGCAGACAGGGCAGCCCGCCGGACUGAGCCAGCCACCGGCCCCGCCACAGAUUUAUCCGUGGAUGACCAAACUGCACAUGAGCCACGAGACGGACGGCAAGCGGUCCCGAACCAGCUACACGCGCUACCAGACCCUGGAACUCGAGAAGGAAUUCCACUUUAACCGCUACCUCACUCGCCGCAGGCGCAUAGAGAUCGCCAACAACUUGUGUCUCAACGAGAGACAGAUCAAGAUCUGGUUCCAGAACCGCAGGAUGAAGUGGAAGAAAGAUUCCAAAAUGAAAAGCAAAGAGGCUCUUUAGAGGCAGCCGGGCGGCCCACAGAGAGCCUCCCGGGGGCCCCCCAAGCCGCCUUCGGUCCUGCGCCUUUCCUUUUCGUUUUUUCUCUCUCUAUAUUUUGGGGUGUGGGGGUGGGAGCUACAGCCUUGGCCCCCAGGGCCUCUCAGACAAAAAAAGCGCUUCCCUCACCCACCCGGGUUCCCGCCGCGGGGGGCUGCCCCAUCUCCCUUUAGCUGGACUCAGCUCUGCUCCGCUCAGCACCGGGCAGCUCCGGUACAGGCUGAUACCUAGCGACCCUGGGCCUGGGCAGCCUCUCUGGCUCCCAGCCCCAGCCCGCCAGGCCCAGCCGAGUCACUGUGGUCCCGGUGGUGCCACAGGCCCCUGGCUCCGACCCUCCAGCCUCGCCCUCGCCUUUGUUCCCGGAUAGGCCGGCCGAGCGGCUGCAGGCUGGUGAGAGCGUGGCUGUGCCUGGCGGAGUCCGUCGCCAAGUCUCGGGGUGCUUCUUUGCAGUGACUAAACCCCCUGUGCACUUACUGGAGAUUUGCAUAUGAAAAGGGGAGAGGUCGGGGGUCCCCUCGGUUGCCCCGUGCUCGGGGACCUCUCUUCCCACGGGAGAAAUCCGGGAACCGCCCCCACCCCAGCCUGCACCGCCCGCUGCAUGUCCUCAGGCCCAGCCCCAGCCUGCUAGCUAGCUCCACUCUCGGGGUUUCCUGCCGCUGGGCCCCUUGCUGGUCCACGGCCCCCGCCACAGCCCUCUCUGCCCUCUUGCCCCAUCGCUAUGGCCCAACUAUUUAUUGACUCCAGGUCUUUCCGGAAGCUAUAUUUUGUCAUAUCAAAUAAAGACGAAGCGAGAACAGGA